CUUUCAUAGCACAUCUUCGCGCUACUCGAUUAGCAAUAAUGCCCCCAUUCGCAACCCGCCCGCUAAACUCAACCAAAUCUCAUCCCAUCUUUGCCCAGAUCCGCCGCCAUCCUUUUAUCCUCUUCGGCAUCCCUUUUAUCGGUAUUAUUGUUGGCUCAUCUUUCGCCCUCCAGGCAUUCACCCAGACACGGUAUGAUUAUCAAGAAACAAAGGUAAAAAGCGUGGGGAAGGAGGAAGAACUAGGAAUGAAGAGUGGCAGAAGAAAAAUAGACCUCAAAGAGGAGUAUUAUAGACUAAACAAUCCAACGGGUGAUGACUCCUCCCUUGAAAACUCCCUCGCAAUGCCCAGUUCCUUCUCUUCUCCUUCAUCUCUGGACGCUUCGCUAGCGUCUGCUCCGACGCCACCAAAGAAGAAGAAGUUCUCCAUGGCUUCUGUUUCGCAAGAUGACUAUGAACCCGUACGUGUACCCCGGCCUGUGGGCGUACCCGAGUGGGGUGGGGGAAGAAGCGGAGAGGAAGCUCCAAUGAAGGGGUAUAGAAAGGAGGAUCGAUGGGUGUAAGAUUGCUUCAUUGAGCUGCAAACAUCCUGGCCUACUCCUUAGAUUUGGGUUUUUUAGUUGUUGUUGUACGAUGAGUAUAUGAACUUGGGUACGGCUGAGAGGGAUAAAACUUAGGAAGAAAUGGGAGGUUUUGGGAUUUUGAAAUGCAUUACUCAAUUGCAUCAUCGUGC